AUGAAAAAAAUUACAUCACGUUGGGUACCCCAUCAACUAACUGAUGAACAAAAGCAAGAACGUGUUAAACUUUGUCGUGAAAAUUUGGCGAAAUUCCGUGAUGGUUCUUGGCGAUUAUGUGAUGUUAUAACAGGUGAUGAGACGUGGAUUUACCACAGGCAGUUUCAUCGCAAGUCAACAAAUGCAAGCUGGGUUGGCGAAGAUGAAUCACCAACCACUAUUGUUCGUCGAGGUAAAUUUGAACCAAAAAAUUUAUUUUCUAUUUUCUUUAAAUCAAAUGGUCCUGUUCUUAUACAUGCUGUUGACGAAGGCAAGACUAUAGAUCACAACUAUUAUAUUGAAAAUUGCCUCAAGCCUGUCGUGAAGGCAAUAUGGAAACAAAGAAAGUCAGCAGGUACAAAAGGCAUAAAAUUGCUCCAAGACAAUGCUCGACCCCAUAUUCAUUCCGAUGUUAUUAAUUAUUUAACAGAAGAAGGUAUUAUUAUAAUGUCGCAUCCACCAUAUUCACCUGACCUUGCACCAUGUGAUUAUUGGCUAAAUGAUUAA